AUGACGGAUCAGGACCUUAACAACAAGCUAGACCGGCUACUAGCACUAAUGGAAGCUCAGCUAGAGCUGACCAGACAAAGCCAUCGGGAGGAACGACUACGACGAGCUCAUCUGACUGAGGAGGCAACGGACCUCUCUCACUCAGAAGACCAAGCAGGAGGAGGAGAUGAAUCCAUGAUAGGAGACCCCCAUACUCCUACUCCGGCGCCACGAUCAAGACCAUCAGUCUCAUUCAACUUGAAUGAGCAUGCUGAGACCAACUAUGAAAAGUAUGCUUCCCCCACCGGGCCGAAGUAUCUCAAGACCAGGGACCCCUACAGCAGGAGCCGAGUGGACCCUCAUGUUCAGGACCAGGAGGAGGAGGCAAGCAUCAUGGCAGAUUGUUCAAAGCCCAUUGCAACCCCGUUCCCAAAGUUCAAUCCCCGAGACAUCGAGAUCUACAUUCUAGAAGCCGAAGCUUGGUUUAGGUUCAAUCAAGUCUACGAGCACACCCGGAUGAUCAACCACCUGGGUUCUCAAUUGGAAGGUACUGCUCGAGAGUGGUGGACCUCAAAGCUACGCUUUGAUAGAGCUAGAGAAGGGAGGCUAUUCAAUGACUGGCAGUUCUUCACCAAACGACUAGCUGAACAGUUCAACCCCCGGAAUGCUAGGAUGGAGGCUUACAACAAGCUGCUAGCUCUCAGACUCACUAGUGAUGCACCAGGAGCUGCCACACGACACGUAGAGCAGUUCAGAGACUUGGAAGGACAGGUCAACCUAGGAGACAACGAGCUAACCAUUGACCUCUUCAGAGGAAGCCUUACUCGCAGCAUACAGGAGAAGUUUGAAAGGAAUCCACCGAAGGAGCUAUGGGAGUGGUUCCGGGAAGUCGAAGAGAUCGACCGACAAAGGAUGCUAUUGCAGCAGGCCUCAGCUAGACACGUGCAAGCAAACAACGCGUCAUCUCCAGGAACUCGGCCAAUUCAGAGUUCAAUUCCCGUUCGGCGAUCGGCUGCGCAACCUUAUUCAACUCGAUCACCGGCUCCACCUUAUCUUCCGUCUCAACCUUAUCAACCGUCACAACCUUAUCGACCGCCACAACCUUAUCCGACGCGACACUCCACCCAACCCCUUCCCCACCCAAACAACCGUCCUCCUCCCCAUCAACCUACUCCAGCUCCAAAAGGAACCCCGGCACCAUCAGGAGGCAGCAACAACACCUGCCAUUUGUGCAAUGGUAUCGGACACUGGGCCAGGGACUGCCCUAGCAGGAGGGUAGACUCUCUGGGAUCACGACCUAUGGGACCAAAGGUCAUGGUCGUCACCAAGGACCCCCUCGACGAGGCCACCGACUCUGGAGAUGGCCGCUCAGGCAAUACCGAGCCAGAGCAGGAGGACAUGGACCUCCGGCCUUAUCAGCAGCAUAUGGACUCGGACUUCGAUCACGAGGAGGAGCAAGACGAUGAUGAUGACGAGGGAAACGUCAGUGGGCUAUCCAUCAAUAGUGCUGCGAGCAUGCAGGUAACUAUUGGUAACCACAAUCUGGGUGUGGUCGAAGCUUCAGUGGCCAACACUGCCGACUACGACCUCAUCCUAGGGUUCACUGAGCUAAGGAAGCUCAAGCCCACCAUACGAUGGGAUACGGGCCAGCUGGAGUUCAAGACUCAGGAGCAGGACCGACCCCCGAAGAGACCCCCUGAAGCAGCAGGAGCAGGGGACCUAACCAUGAGGAGACCAACCCUUCAUGGUAACGAGUUUGUCUCAGCAGAGCGCAUACUACGAGCAGCUCUGGAAGAUGGACCCAUAGGGUUCAUGCUGUUGGAGGAACCACCAUCAUCACUCCCGGCCUUUGGUUUCGUACCUACAGGCACCGACAAAGGAAUCGAGAUGGAGGUGGAGGUGGACAAGGUGGUGACGGCUGCGGACAUACCAAAGCCAUACCAACACUUGAGAGAUGUGUUCGAUGAGGUGGAAGCAGACAAGCUGCCCCAUCAUACCGAGCAUGAUCUCCACCUUGAGUUGAUAGAAGGAGGCAAGCCACCUCAAGGGCCUCUAUACCUUAAGGGACCCAAGGAGAUGUCCGAGUUGAGGAGGUACUUGGAUGAGAACCUCGAGAAGGGGUUCAUAAGACCAUCGAAGAGCCCAGCACGAUCACCAGUGCUCUUCGUACCAAAGAAGGAUGGAGGUCUCAGACUCUGUGUCGACUACAGAGGUCUCAACGAGAUCACUAUCAAGAACAGGGCACCAUUGCCCCUCAUCGAGGAGCAGCUGUUCUUGCUCAGGAAGGCAAGGAUCUAUACCAAGCUAGACCUUAGAGCAGCAUACAACCUCAUCCGGGUUGCUAAAGGAGAUGAAUGGAAGACAGCGUUUGGCACUCAGUUGGGACUCUAUGAGUACCUAGUGAUGCCCUUCGGCCUAGCCAAUGCUCCGGCUCACUUCCAAUCAUUCAUCAAUGUCAUCUUCCGAGACAUCAUUGGAGUAUAUGUGGUAGUAUACUUGGAUGACUUCCUGAUCUUCAGUGACACUGAGGAGGUACAUGUGAAGCAUGUCACCGAGGUCCUCACUCGCUUAAGGAGCAACAGGCUCUUUGCUAAGCUGUCCAAGUGUGAGUUCCACACCAAGACGGUGGAGUUCCUGGGUUACAUCAUCAAGCCAACGGGUAUUGAGAUGGACCCAGAAAAGAUACGGACUGUCAAGGAGUGGCCGAUGCCGGCGUCUAUCCAUGACAUCCAACGGUUCCUGGGUUUUGCUAACUUCUACAGGAGAUUCAUAGCUCACUUCGCUCGGAUAGCCAAGCCAUUGACAUCACUGGUGAAGCCGACGGAACGCUUCAAGAAGUUCGAGUUGCCGGAGGAGGCCCAACAAGCCUUCCAUCAGCUCAUUCAGGCGUUCACAUCAGCAGGAGUGCUUCAGCACUUCGACUACCACCUUCCAACAAGGUUGGAGACCGAUGCAAGUGACUUUGCUAUAGCAGGAGUACUCAAGCAGGAGCAUGAAGGACGAUGGCACCCAGUGGCCUUCUACUCCAGGAAGAUGUCUUCUGCCGAGAAGAACUACGAGAUCCAUGAUAAGGAGCUCCUAGCUGUGGUCGCCUGCCUCACUCAGUGGCGACACAUGCUAGCUGGACUACCUAGUCAACUAGUCAUCCUCACGGACCAUGAAGCCCUCAAGUACUUCAAGUCCCAGCGACGCAUCACUGGCCGACAGGCUCGAUGGGCAAUGAUACUAGCAGACUUCGACUUCAUCCUGCAGUAUCGACCAGGAGACAAAGGUGGUGAACCCGAUGCUCUCACCAGAAGGGCAGACAUGCAACCAGCUGGUGAAGAGCAGGAUCACAAUGUGAGGCAACUACUGCCUCCUCGGGUGUUUGCGGAAACAGCGGACCACGACUCGACCCUAGUGGCUCCCAUGCUCUCGAUGGAGUCCAUAGCAUCGAAAGGGCUCAAAGACCUGGUCAAGAUCUUCCAGCCCUUAGAUCAAGAGCUACAGGAGAUACACUCGAAGAAGCCCUUCGAGCUCAAGGACGACCUAUGGUACAGUGGAGGAAGGUUAGUCAUCCCCAAGGUGACCAUGCCAGGGAGGACUAACAACCGACACUCAAGGAGUGCCAAGGAAGUAGAUGGACAGUCUCUCUCUGUAGAGCAUCUGCGAUUCAUGGUGAUGACCCAAUGCCAUGAUGGUGUUACUGCCGGACAUGUAGGAAGAGAUGCUACCAUCAAGGCAGCUCAACGGCACUACUGGUGGCCAAGCAUGACAGCUUGGAUUGCUGACUAUGUAGCUAGCUGUCCAGUUUGUGCGAGGUACAAAGCUCCUCGUCAUCGUCCGUAUGGACUUCUACAGCCACUUGCCACACCAGACAGGCCCUGGGGCUCGAUAUCCCUCGACUUCAUUGAAGGACUACCACCUUCAAAGAACUAUGACUCCAUCCUCGUCAUUGUCGAUAGGCUGACCAAGUUUGCCAUCCUGGCCCCGACCCAUAAGACAGUCACGGCCAAACAGACUGCAGUGUUGCUAUAUGGACACAUGGUUAGACUCUUCGGAUACCCUGAUCACAUGGUCUCGGACCGAGGCAGGCAGUUCAUAUCAGGAGCAUGGAAAGCCUUUGCAGAGCAGAUGGGUGUGAAGCACUCACUUAGCACGGCUUAUCAUCCUCAAACUGAUGGUCAGACAGAGAGAGUCAAUCAGGUCGUGGAGCAGUACCUAAGGAUGUACUGCAACUAUGAGCAGAACGACUGGGCCGACCUGCUGGACACUGCAGCCUUUGUAUACAACAACACGGUCCACAACAGCAUUGGUGUCUCACCAUUCUUUGCAUGCUAUGGAUGGAACCCCAAAGCCCAUCCUGACAUCCCUCAACAACUAGGAGUCAAUGAUCCAGGUCGCUUCGAGUACCUCAUGGAUGGGAAGGAGCGUUGCAAGUAUCUUCAGGAGCAGAUCAGGGAGGCACAGUGUCGGACGGUGGACCAGUAUAACAGGAAGCACAAGGACAUCGAGUUUAAGGUGGGUGAUAUGGUCUAUAUCAACCGCCGGAACUGGAAGACCAGGCGACCUACACCAAAGCUGGAUACCCGGUUUGCAGGACCCUAUCCAGUCCAGGAACGAGUAGGACGCCGAGCAUACAGGAUCACAUUGCCAGCAAACCUUAGGGUUCAUGAUGUGUUCCAUGUCUCCAUGCUCGAGCCAGCAAAGACUAGCUCACUUCCUCACAGGACAGACCAGCCAAUCAUACCAUCACUUCCUGAUGAAGACCUCGACUUCGAAGUAGAAGCACUCAUUGACAAGCGCUCAUUCAAUGGGACCACGGAGUACAAAGUGCUUUGGAGGGGGUACUCAGAGGAGGCAGCCUCUUGGGAACCCGUCUCAAACCUCGACUGUCCCGACCUCAUCCGGGAGUAUGAGGUAUCAGAGGGGGGAGGAGCGAGCAGAAGAAGGAGGAGAGAGCAGGAGGAGGAGUAG